UGAAUCACGUGGAUUUUCAUCCCAGCGGUACGUGCAUCGCUGCAGCUGGGACGGACAGCACAGUGAAACUGUGGGACGUCAGGAUGAACAGGCUGCUUCAACAUUACCAAGUGCACAGCUCUGUGGUCAACAGUCUUUCCUUUCACCCCUCUGGAAACUAUCUGGUUACUGCUUCCAAUGAUUCAACUCUUAAAAUUCUGGACUUGCUAGAAGGAAGACUUCUGUAUACUCUGCAUGGUCACCAGGGCCCAGCCACCUGUGUAGCAUUUUCAAGAUCUGGAGACUUAUUUGCUUCUGGAGGGUCUGAUGAACAGGUGAUGGUGUGGAAGACCAACUUUGAUGCAGAUUAUGGUGAUGCACUGAAAACACAGAAGUCUUGCAGUACUGUGGAUGGGUCCCAUCACACUGGGCAGUCAGAAAUGGAUAGUGGUAUUCAUCAUAAGAAAACAAAAACCCAGGAUUCUGGUAGGAACCACGAGCAGCAAGAGAUGGAGGCCAGUCUUGCGAAUACCCUGGAGCAUAUUAUGGGACAGCUGGAUGUUCUGACUCAGACAGUUUCCAUCUUGGAGCAGAGGCUGACACUCACUGAAGACAAGCUGAAGGAAUGUCUUGAGAAUCAGCAGAAAAUCAUUCAGAACAAAACGAACUGAAUUUCCUGAGAGAAGUCGGGAGCUGAAAGCAUUGGGAGGUUUAAGGUUGUUUGUGUUUCCAACAGACUGCGUGUGACUUGCUUUAACAAUUUUGAGCACAAUCUAUUUUUCAAUUGAAAUGUAUAGUUAUUGUAUCUGUAAAUAGCUUUGUUACUUUACUAAAAUAAAAGGAAUAUUUUAUUCAUAA